AUGUCCAUCUCCGUCCACGAUCAAUACCCUCCCCUCAAUGACCGUCCCAUCAAGAACACUGUGUGUCUCUUCGAUGUCGACGGCACUCUUACCCCCGCUCGCCGCAGCGUGAGUCCGGAGAUGCUGGCGCUCCUCCAGAAGCUGCGCAACAAGGUCGCAAUUGGCUUCGUCGGCGGCAGUGACCUGGUGAAGCAGCAGGAGCAGCUCGGUGUCAACGGCGCAAACGUCAUUGACAUGUUCGAUUACUGCUUCGCCGAGAACGGCCUGACCGCCUACCGCCAGGGUGUGGCCCUUCCUAGCAACAACUUCGUCCGCUGGCUCGGCGAAGAAAAGUACAAGGUGAUGGCGAACUUCAUCCUCCACCACAUCGCAGAUCUCGACAUCCCAGUGAAGCGUGGAACCUUCAUCGAGUUCCGCAACGGAAUGAUCAACGUCUCUCCCAUCGGCCGCAACGCCAGCAUCCAGGAGCGGAACGAAUUCGAGGCGUACGACAAGAUUCACGGUGUACGGAAGGAGCUCGUCGAGAAGCUGAAGGAGAAGUUUGCGGAUUACGGCCUCACCUACUCCAUCGGUGGACAAAUCUCGUUUGAUGUGUUUCCCCAGGGCUGGGAUAAGACGUACUGUCUUCAGCAUGUCCAGAAAGAGUUUGAGACCAUCCACUUCUUUGGAGACAAGACGUACCAGGGCGGAAACGAUUACGAGAUCUUUGAGGACUCGAGGACUAUCGGCCACACGGUUACGAAGCCCGAGGACACGAUCGAGGAGCUGAAGAAGCUGUUUGACCUGUAG